CCCGCCCCGCCCCGCCCCGUUCCGCGGCAUGGAGCGGCCCGGCGGCGGCGCGGCCCCCGCGGGCGGCAGCGGCCCGGGGCCCGGGGGGCUGCCCAGGGCCCCCUGCCCGGCGCUGCGGAGCCUGCCGCCCGGGCUGGCGCUGGGGCCGUCGCUGUCCGGACUGUCCGCGCAGGCCGUGGGCGUGUGGUGCGUGGGCCGGGCCCUCCCGGCCGGCUUGCUGCUGGGGCCGCCCGGCGGGGCCCGGCAGGCGGCGGCGGGGCCGGGCUGGAGCGGCCUGGUGCAGCGCAGCCCGAAGGAGGCGGAGGCCAACGUGGUGCUGGGCCGGGCGGACGGCCGGCUGCGGCUGCGGCGGCCCGUGGCGGCGGGCGCGGAGCUGCUCUACUGGCCCGAGGAGGCCCGCGGGGCCGCGGCGGAGGAGCGGCGGUCGGAAGGCGAGGGGAUAGCGGCGCCGCGGGAGGCCGGGCCCGGCGGGCGGCCCUCGGCCGGCGCGGAGGCCGCGGCCCGGGGAGACGGGGCCCCUCCCGGCGGGACGGCAGCGGAGCCCCUGGCAGGAGAUCUCAACAUCUCCAAGCUGGCAGCUGAGGAAACUGCAGUCCUUGAUGUCCCUAGUGAGUUUAGGAGGCCAGUGACCAAGUGUCUCCACAGGCUUCAAGAAGAGGGAAGCACAGCUUCUGAGCAUGAGCUGUGGCAAGCCAAAGUGCUGAGGACUGAGGAUCUGCACCUCGAGACCAUUUCAACCAAUAAGGCCACUGGCAAGUGCAAGGAAGAGUUUGAUGAGGGUGUGGAUUGCAGCUUCUCAGCAGAAGGGGUGGAGAUGGGACAUAAAGAGGCAUGUCGAGGAGACCUGGAUCUGUCGUCUCCCUCAAAUGGAGUUCAACUCAGUGCUCACUGGGUUGGCAAGCCGUGCAAGGUGCAUGCUGUGGCCAGCCAGCGCCAGCGGUGCCUGCGGGACGGUGGUGGCAGGACAGCUGGGCAGGAGCACCAGCAGCCCAGUCCUCCUGACGAAGGAAGAGUAGGGACUUGUGAGAAAGACAGCAAAGACUCCAAACUGGUGUCCCCAGGGCAUGGGGAAAAUGGGGCACUGGAGGGGUCUGGGGGGCCACAGGAGUAUACAGAGCUGGUGGAGGGUCAUUCUGGCAGCCCAGGCCCCCCACCUACAGCUGUGUCCCAGAAGGAGAGGACCAAACGCAGGUACCGCUGCGGGGAGUGUGGCAAAGCCUUCCUGCAGCUCUGCCACCUCAAGAAGCACCACUUUGUCCACUCUGGCCACAAGCCCUUCCUUUGCACAGAGUGCGGCAAGAGCUACAGUUCAGAGGAGAGCUUCAAGGCCCACCUGUUGGCCCACCAGGGCGUGCGGCCCUUUCAGUGCAGCCAGUGCGACAAGGCUUACCGCACCAAGCGAGACCUGCAGGAGCACCAGGUCCUGCACACCGGCCAGCGCCCCUUCACCUGCGAGCACUGUGGCAAGGCCUUCGCGCGCCGGCCCUCUCUCCGCGUUCACAGGAAGACCCACCAGGCCGCGGGGACGGACCCGGCUGCUCCCAAGGGAUGCCAGUGUGCCAUAUGUGGGCGCCACCUGGCCAACCCCAGCUCCUUGCGCAGCCAUGUGCGCCUGCACACGGGAGAGCGCCCGUACGCCUGUCCCUGCUGCGGGAAGGGCUUCCGACAGCAGAGCAACUUGCGCGAGCACCUGCGGCUGCACACGGGUGAGAGGCCCCACAAGUGCCGCUUCUGCGGCGACGCCUUCCCCAAGCUGCCAGAGCUGCGGAGACAUCUCAUCUCCCACACGGGUGAGGCCCACCUGUGCACUGUCUGUGGCAAAGCGCUGCGGGACCCCCACACGCUGCGUGCCCAUGAGCGCUUGCACACGGGCGAGCGCCCGUUCCGCUGCGAGCAGUGCGGCAAGUCCUACACCCUGGCCACGAAGCUGCGGCGCCACCAGAAGUCCCACCUGGCUGACAAACCCUACAGGUGCGAGCGCUGUGGCAUAGGCUACAGCCUUCCCCAGAGCCUCGCGCGCCAUGUGCUCACCCACAGAGUGGAGAAGGACCCUGAGGAGCUCGGCACUGUGGUGGCCUCGCUUGCCGUGGACCUACCCCAGGCAGCAAAGAAAAAGCCUCAGAGGAAGGGCCACCAGGAGGAGGUUGCAACAGAGCCCACCCUGCUGAUGGUGGAGGUGCCGGGGCCAGCAAACGAGGCUGAGCUGGUGAUCACAGCCACUGAUGGCUGCAUUGCUACUUACCGGUCUCAGGGCAGCCCCCCGGAUCCUGGGGCACACGGGAGGCCUGCAGAGCAUUUUCCUUCAGCAAAGGACAUCUUUGAAAUCACCAUCUCUGAGCAUGAGGACAAAUGCCUUAUAGUGCAGGAUGAGGACUCACCAAGUGACAUGGUCAUCAUCCAGGAGGUGGGCUUUGGAGCAGUGGCAAAAGUGGUGGAGGUUGAGACUGGGACUUGACUAUCCCCGCCUGUCCUGGCCGAUACUCUGUAUGCAUUACAGUGGCAUUAAAAAACCCAGCAAAAAACCUAAGUUUCUUGUCUCUCUCUAGCAACAGCAAGGCCCUGUGGCUCAGCCCCAGGCAGAACUGGCAGGCUUGGAGGUAUCUGCCUCUGUGGAUCUGGGUCUGUUUGGUGGCUGCCCCUCGGAGCUGUGAGCCUCCAUGUGGCACACGUGCUGGGUCUGGCACAGGGGAGGCAGUCACUUCUUGGAGAGGACACCCAUAGCAUCAAUGAGCAGCGUUUCUGCUCUGCAUCUGUUAUGCUGUCAAGGGGUGACAGUGCUCCAUGGGGAAGGAAGGAAAAGUGAAAGUGAUGGCUUUGAACAGCACCUUCCUUUUUCUCUAUUUGUUGCUAUUCCAGCACUUUCCUGGGCUUUUACUCUUGGAGCUCAGCAGCACUUAGGAUCAUUUGAAGGUGAUGCUGAUGCCAGACAUUACUGGGAAGCAGCUUCCAAGUUGUUUACAAGAUGUCUCUGUUGUGGGUUUUUCAAAGAGCAUUUUUCACAAUUAGCUAAAGCAAAGUCCUGCCUUGGAGCCAGGGCUGAAUGUUUCUUCUCCACUGCCACCCCUUUUCCUUGCUGUGAUCUUCCUGGCCUCUGGUGACUGGAUGGUCUGUAUGAGGACAUGAAAGGAUAGCUUCACGUCUCACUGUGCAAAUUGUACCAUACAGUGCAAUUUCCACUGUUGCCAGGUGGGAGGCUCCUCACCUCUCCAGGUAAGGUUCCAACAGUUCUCAGUGUGAUCAGAAGAUUUUGCCUUUCCCCUUGACAAUCAAGUUGGGUUCAUUCAUGUGUUUCCUUUGUUCUUUUUCUCACAUUCUUGCUUCCUCUCUUCUGCUUCUUUCCUGGUGCUGCACCACCGCAGCUACACCCCAUAUUCCCACCGCUCCAUCUUUAGUGCUCAUCUGCCAGCUUGAGGCAUGCUGAAGGAAACUGGUCCCAUUUCAGGAAAGAAGGGCACAGAUCCCAGUGCCACAUGAACGCGGCCUUAUAGGAAGACACCAACAAUACCAGCCCUAACAGAGUUUUUCAGGCUUGCCCACCCUGCACUCCCUUUUCACGUGUUAUGCCAACAUAGCUUUCAUUUGCUGCCUCUUCAGUUUCAGCUGUUCUUGGUCUCCAUCUCGCCCCUCUGUAAUGUCUGUAUUUGCCCAGAUAAGUUUUGUUUAGGGGUCUAAAUUCUCUGGGCUUUCUCUACCCACUGCACAAGAGGAGGAUAUAGUGUCACUGAGGCAUUUUCAAAUAGCACAGAUCCCUUUUGGGGUGCUAUGAACACAGUGAUGUGACAAUCUGAAAAGCUUUGCUUUGUAGUUUCUACUCUCAACCUUUUCCAUAAACUUUUACAAGCAGUUUAUAGACAAGGUGCUAGAGUCAGACCCAUGACACUUUGAUGUGAAGUGAGGGUGGAAGGGGAAUUCAGCUAAUAAACCUUUGGGUGUCCUUAAUUUUAGGUAUUUUCUCAGUCUUUGCCCUGGGUGCUUGGAGAGGUACCAGUGGGAGCACAGGCGUAGGAGGGGGGCUUGCAUUCAAAGCUGCUGUGCUUCCUACUGCUCUCCCUUUGGUGCCUACCCUGACUCUUGCAGUUUUCAAAUAUUGACACAGCUGCAAAGUGUUCUCGCUGGAGCUGGGCUCAUGGUUUGUGUUUGAAGCAUGUGCCCUCUGUCACAGCACAACUUGUGCGUGAGAGAAGAGGGAUCAACUGGGGGAAGGGAUGGGGAGAAUCCAGGCUCCUGUUGCUCAAUCUGCUGACCUGUAACUACCUUCUUUAUUCUGAGAUAAUAGAGAGAAAAACUACAAAUUAAUAGGUCCUCACAGAAACAUGACUGACAUCUGCCUGGUGCUGUACAACUUGGUGUUUGCAGGAUCUGAAGGGGUGUAUGAUUAUCUAGUGCUAUACCCUUUCUCAUGUUAUGUCCAAUAAAUGGUAUUUCAAUUAAUA